UGCGAGAAAAUAUCGUGUUAUCUUUACUGCAUACGAUAUGAAGCGACGGCUCUUGCAACGCUCUCAUACACUCCUUCCAUUGAUUUUACAGUCAUUCUGCGGAGUAGUCGAUGCUGUACUUAAAUCACGGAAUUCGUUAAAUAAAAAUGCGAAUAGCAUCAUGUUACUUCAAGCGUUUGGUAUUAAUAAUCGGAUUAACUAUUCUCAUUUUUUGCCUGAUUCAAUUUCUCAAGUUCGAAAUAACGUUCUAUGACAGAAAUGAUCGCAAUGAUAAACUAGAUGGUUCCCCUGCGUGUAAAUUACCACGAUUGGACAUUUUUAAUCCAGAGAUAAUGAAAUUUAUACACGAUGUUCCUCCACUUCAAUGUUCACCUGAAGACUGGGUGAAAGCUGAAGGAUCUAAACUAUUUAUUGAUAAAAAUGCAAAGAAUCAGUAUGGACAAAUAACAUGUUCAUUUAAUGAAAUUCUUAGAGUAGAUGACUAUAACUAUAUACUGACUGACACAGUUGAAACGGAUAAGUUUUACGUCCUUCGAAAAAGCGAUUAUGCAGAAGUUAAUUGCAAAACGCAAACAGGAAAACGAUGGCAUACUAUAAUAGCAGCAGUUAGAGAUGAUCCUGAGCGAAAACGCGAUGUCACCUGGAGCAAAGUGCCUAGAGAGGCUUUGAAUCUUAACAUUCUCAUGUUUGGUUUCGAUUCACUAUCUCAGAAUACAUUUGCACGUAAAUUACCACGUUCAAAUCGUUACCUGCGUCAAAAUCUUGACAGUAUUAUUCUCAAGGGUUACAACAUCGUCGGCGAUGGUACCCCACAGGCUCUUAUUCCGAUCCUCACGGGUAAAAUUGAGCUUGAGUUGCCGGAAACACGCAAGCGCAUGGGCGCCAAGGCCCAUUAUGUAAAUGUUUACCCUAUGAUCUGGAAGGAUUAUAAGCAGGCUGGGUUUAUUACUGGUUUCAUGGAGGAUGUACAUCAUAUAGGCACAUUUACUUAUAGACUCAAGGGUUUCGACGAGCAGCCUACUGACCACUACAUGAGAACUUACUAUUUGGCUGCUUCGCCACAUUUUAAGUACUCUAAGAGUUUUUGUAUGGGUGGAAUUCCACGACAUUUAGUAAUGAUGAACCAUAUUAAAUCAAUUUUUAACAAAUAUAAAGAUCAACCAAAAUUUAUCUUUGGAUUUCAUGGAGAACUGUCUCAUGAUUCGUAUAAUGAUAUUGGUGUGGCAGAUGACGAUGUUUUACAUUGGAUUAAAGAUUUAAAGGAAUCUGGACAUUUAAAUAAUACCAUUUUAAUUUUAAUGAGUGAUCAUGGUCAUAGAUUUGCGGAAAUUAGAAACACUCUUCAGGGUAAACAAGAGGAGCGAUUACCUUUUUUCUCAUUUACAUUUCCUCCUUGGUUUAAGAAGAAUUAUCCUCAAGCAUACGCUAAUUUUCUGUUUAAUGCACAACAUUUGACUACACCUUUCGAUAUACAUGUCACUUUAAAACACAUUUUAAAUUUUAAAGAACCUAAAGAAGGUGAUAUUCGUAAUCGUGGAAUCAGCUUAUUUGAUAAGAUUCCUCUUAAAAGAACGUGUUCCGAUGCAUUUAUCGAACCUCAUUGGUGCGUAUGUUUAUCCUGGCUUGAGAUUCCGUUAGAUCAAGAAGUGGUUCAAAAAGCCGCCCAAUAUUUACUUAAAUUUUUGAAUUCCUACACAGAAAACCAUCGUGAUAUAUGCGAAAAACUUCGAUUAGGCCAAAUUUUGUGGGCAGCUAAAUUGAUUCCUACAAAAGGAAUUUUACAUUUUCAAAAAUCUCGAGAUACAGAUGGAUUUGUAUCUGAAUUAAGUGCCAAGACUAAACUUACAACUGAAUUAUAUCAGUUAAAAAUAAAAGCUUUACCAGGAAAAGGACUUUUUGAAGCAAGUAUUUCGCGAGAUAUAAACAAAAAUAUUUUUUUUACAAGGAUAUCGGAUAUAAGUAGAAUAAAUAUGUAUGGAUCACAAGCAAAGUGCGUAGAGAACAGCUUAUUUCAUUUACGUAAAUACUGCUACUGCAAAGAAUGAUUACAAAAUUGUGCAGUAUCAAAAACUCGAAUGUAAUGUAACAAUUAAAAUUUUAUAUUAUUAAAUAAUAAAGAUCAAGAAAUCUGAAACUCUUCAUAUAUUAUCAGUAUCAAGAAAGGUC